AUGGGUGAAUCAGAAGACAGCCAGAGCAGCACGGAGCUGCGUCGGGAGCUGCCGGUGCCGGCCCUGACUCUCUGCAACCGCGCCCUCUACACGCCCGGCCUGGCCAACCUGAGCUUAGAGCCGGACUCCUCGCUGGCAGAGCUGGACUGGGAGCGGCGUGGCGCCGACACCGUGCCCUGGCUGCUGCGGCAUGCCGCAGUCGGGGCGGAGCAGGCGCUGAGGGGUUGCAGGCUGCUCGGCCGGCCGUGUGAGGAGCUCGGCUCUUGGGAGCGCCGACUACACCUGCCGGCUGGAGACUGUUUCACCUUCACACCCAACGUCAGCGAGGGCAUGGAUGUCAGCGGAAGCUAUCAUGUCCGUUUCGUCCUCCCCUCGCAGGUCUACCGCGGUCUCAACGGUGCGAUGGCACUGACGGACCAGCUUGAGUUCGAGGAGUACUCCGGCAAUGCCGCGGUGCUGUCCCUGUACCUGCACAAUGCCGCUGACCCGUUCACCACGCUGCCCUGGAUCCAGAACCUCAAGUCAGCAGACGUGCCCCUGAGGAGACCGACCUACGUGCGGACCUCCCUGAACGAGUACCACAAGCUCAACCGGCGCAGAGACCCGUGCGAGUCUCGCGCCGGUUACAGUCGCGUCCGCUGCUCUCUGGCCUGCUACACUGCCGCCACAGCCGCCGCCUCCGGCCUGGCCUGCCACGUGACUGGCAUGGUGCCCGACGCGCCGCUCUGCGGCAACUUUGCCAACUACUCAGCUGUGCAGAUGGCGUUCACAUCGCCGAGGGCCGCGAAAGCCUCCGUAGCCGACUGCCACCGUCGGUGUCCAGAGCCUUGUCGCCACCUGGUGUUCACCCCGAGCAAGAUCUUGUACCGCACCAAGACCAUCAAAAACGCCGCAACGACCAGGAGACUGUCCAACGAGGCGAGACGCUGGAAAGUCGCUCGCGAUUCCUCCUUUUCUCUGGACGUGCGCUACUUUACACCGUACGUGGCCGUGCACGAUCAGCAGUGGGCCUACAGUCUGUCGGCGCUACUCGGCGAGAUCGGCGGCGUAGUGGGCCUUAUGCUCGGUGCCAGGCGCGGUCCGCUGGGCGGUGCCAACCGCGCCAACCGCACGCCUCUCCGUCCACGACCAGCGGAGACUUGA